AGCGCUAAUGUAGCGAAAAAAGCCUUGCGCGCAUCAAUACUCGCGUUCGAAGGAACAAGUUAUUAGUAGCGCGCAGCUAUUUUUCAUUAACUUAGUGAUUGCGAUCGCAAAUAAUUAACGAUCUGGCAGCACGAUCAGAUCAAUGCAGUCAGUGCGCGCGCGCGUUCUCGAUAUAGCAGCAGCGCGCUCCAACCAGCAGCGAGUGUCAGCAACGCAACAGUCACUAAAUCACAAAAUAUACUUCCAACGCGUUGUGCACUUUACCAGUUGCUAACUGAUCGCAGCGCAUUCAGUACGUUACUGGCGCGCGCAGCUGAUAGAUGUACACGUCGCGUCGUCGUGGAAAUUAUAUAGAACGCGUGCAGGCAAACAGUCAUUUACGGCGCGCAGUGUGAGCGAGAAUUUUAAGGCAACAACUGCAGUGCCACAUAGAUUUUACUUCGUUGUAUUUUUGGUUAAAAUAAAACUGAAAAAAUAUCGCAUAAUUUGAGUAUUUAGUGAGUUUACUCAUCGCGCAAAAUGUCGCCGUCAUCUUCAUAAACUUGCGCGCUCUACACACAGUUAUUUGUAUCUGCAUAUCGCGUGUUUGCUCUUAGAUGCUCGCGUUUUUGCCUUAGUUCCUUUUCGGUUCGGGAGCGCGUUAUAAAUAAAUACAUACAAUACCGUUGUUGUGAUGUCAUGCGGCGCUGCGGUGAUGCGGCAUGCUGAUGAUGCGCGCUGAUGAUGAGCGAUCCCCAUAAAAUGAAAAUGCGAUGCGUGCAUAGCUGCGGACAAUUCUGAUAAUCGGAUAUUUUUAGAUUGCAUGUGAAUUCGAAACGGUAAGAGCAACAGCAGGCAAUGGCAAUACAUAGCAGUCGCCGCAAUAAAUGAAAAGUCAAAUUAGAUUCGGCAACGAAAUCAACAUUCAGUGGAAAUAAAUAUAGGCAAAGAAAACAAAUAAAUAAUCAGCGGCAAGUCGAGGAAUAGUCAGGCGGAGCAACAGAGCGAAGCAGUGAUAUGAUUGUAUGUACAUACAUAUGUACGUAUUAACAUUUAUAAAUGUAAAUAAUUGUGAAUUAGUGAGACAGUGAGACAGUGAAGAAACAGUGAAGCCCUCGAGACCAGCGAAGCUCAACGAACCCCCCAAAAAAGUCAUAAUUAACUAUUACCAAGCUCAUCAGCUAUAAAAGAUAACAAGCAAAGCAAGGCAUCGAUACGCGCCAGACAGCCCAAACAAAACGCAAGGCAUUUAAGCAGCCGGCAGCAAAUAAAGGCGGAACGGCAACAACAUUACCAAUACCAAUCUCUCCUCAAUAAAUCCUAAUUGUGCCGCAGAAUGCAAGAUUACGGCACACUAUUAGCCAGCAGCCAGCGGGGUGCAGAAGAGUGUAAAAGCAGUAAAGUCAGUAGCCGCAAAGAGAAAUAUUCGCUGCGUGAACGCCAAAAGCGUCGACUUGGAUUAGCCAGUGUGGUCGAGUUGCCGAAACGUUCAAACCACAAGGAUGAUAGCGAAGCGACCACAGGACCGCAGCGCACACAAAACACUACAACGUCCAAGUCGAAAGCGCCGCCACUUAGUAAAUAUCGUCGAAAAACCGCCAAUGCGCGCGAACGUACGCGCAUGCGUGAAAUCAAUUCAGCGUUUGAGAAUUUGCGGCAUUGUGUGCCGCAAAGCAUCGCAGUCGAUGAGGCGGGACCCACAAAUGAGAAGCUGACGAAAAUAACGACGUUGCGUUUGGCCAUGAAAUACAUCAGUUUGCUAACGGAGGUGCUGAAAAAUCCCAACUUUAAAGGUGAAUUGCCACUAGACUUCCUAUAUGGGAAUGAAGAGCCAGUGAUAAAACAGAAAGUCACCUCCAAGCCUUUGAAAGCACAGUCGAAAUCUACAACCGCAGCGUCGAAAAAUAACAAGGCUUCAAAUAAGGCGACAACAGGACGUACAACGGCUAGCGCAGUGUUGCAAAAACCGCCCAAACGUUUGGGUAAACGUAAAAAGAAGGAACUAAAGUCACCGUUGAUAACGCAGCAUAAUAGCUGUAACACCACGCCAGAGUCAAGCCGUGCCACGUCAAGUACAGCCACUUCUGCUUCCUCUUUUGUUACCUGCAGUGGAGAUUCACUCUCAUCACACUCUUCUAGCUUCCUCGAUAGUAUAACCAGUCCAAGUUACUCCAAUGGCUUUGUGCCAUCCAUAUCCGAGCUGAAUAGCCUAAUACUAGAAUCUGAUGGCGAAUCGCUGCAUCUUUCCGAUCCCUGUCACAGUCCAUUGCAAGACAAAUUCGAUAGGCUCUUCGGCAGCGCUAAUGCUUUGGAGGGCAAGUCGGCUGUGGACCAUAAUAUUUUAGGUGAUAUUGAUGCGCCUUUGGAGCUGAGCUUACAGUUUCUUGGCACAGCGCCUGAGUCGUUGGACUUUUCAAUGGAACAACCGCCAACGACAUGCAUUAGUCCCUUAGUGGCAUUGGAUACAUUCAAUCCGUUUAGUGAUUUUCUGCAUCCAGAUUAUCCAGAACAAGCAUCACUGGAUUUAUUUCUGACAUAACCCGAGGUGUCAUAUUUAGCAGCCUCAGCCAUCGCAAUACCUAUACAUUAUCUAAAUUAGUUUGAAUUAUUUCACUUGAUCGACGAAGCUUUAAAUCAAUAAAGCUUGUCCCUCAACCAUUUCACGUGGCCAUCACUAGUAUUUCAUGUUAUUUCUUAUAGAUUAUAAUUUAAUAUUUGUUUUUUACUGAACUUAAUGAAAUAUUGAUGCAUUUAACCCAACUGAACUGAAGAUGUAUGAGCAAGUAAAAAUUUACUUACAUAAAUACUCUAACAACAAUAUGAUCUGUAUUGAAUUGUCCUUUCACGUCCCUUCUAAGUGGAGUUGACUGUGUUUUGUUUAACUAUUUUUCAUUUUUUAUGUAAUUUAUUAAGAGACUUAGCUAACACAUUGAGAUUGUUUGUUUUUAAUUGAUAAUGAGGAAAAUAUUUGUAUGCUAAAAUUUAUCUACUGAAAUAUUUAUUUCUUAUUAACAGAUUAUUCUUUAUAAUUGUUGAAUUUUUUUAUAAUAAUUAUACGCAAAUUAUUUAAGUUGGCAUAAAUAGUAACAAAUGUUUUAACACAACUAUUAAAAAUUGAAUAAAAAGGCAAUAAAAACGAUAAAAAAA